CGUGCAAAGCUAACGCUCCACCAUUUAGCCCACCUGUCCACCUCGAGAUUUAGCAAUUUAUCAAACAUUAGUGUGUAAAGUUGGUGCUGCAUACCGCAGGGGAUAUGCCCUCAUUGAAUUAAAACACACGCCUCACAAAGAAACGUUGCUCCACUGUACAGAGUAGCCCCGCAGACAUGUCUGGAGUUAAAAGGAAAAUUGAAGGCAUCGAUCCUGACUAUGAGGACAUUUCUCUUGUGCAAAAUAGCAAGAGAAACAAAGCCGUUGAACAUAAUGCUAGGGAGGCAGCAGUACAGAAGAUUGACACCAUAAUCAGAGAGCAGUUUUCUUUGGAGAUGAAGAGCAAAGAACACGAGAUAGAUGUCAUCAGUCAGCGACUCAAUGAAGCCAGGAGGAUGAUGGACAAGCUUAGGGCGUGCAUAGUUGCCAAUUACUAUGCCAAUGCUGGGAUGACAAAGCUCACAGAGCAUGGUUCUAAGAGUGACCCUGCAGUGCUGAACCAUCCAGCCAUCCGUCGUUUCCUGGAGUCCCCAUCCCGUUCCUCUUCCCCUCUCAACCAGGGUUCUGAGACUCCUUCUUUGGCUCAGUCAGAGUCCGAGUCCCUGUCACAGCAAGGAGAAGGAUCUGAGAGGGAUGUAGAGGGAGCAUGGAGAGAGGAUAGCAGUAAGCAGGAGCGCAGACCUGGACGUAAUACAGGCAAAGACACUUUUGGUGUGCCAUCAUCUGUGGGAGCAGAUCAGAGGGUGACUUACCACUCAACUGGAGACGAAGCUUCUAGACUGUAUGCAAAGAAGACAAUCGUAGUGGGGAAUGUAUCCAAAUACAUUCCCCCUGAUAAGCGGGAAGAGAAUGACCAGUCUACCCAUAAGUGGAUGGUGUAUGUCAGAGGCUCCAGGAGGGAACCAAGCAUAGACCACUUUGUAAAGAAAGUCUGGUUCUUCUUGCAUCCAAGCUACAAACCCAAUGACCUGGUGGAAGUCAGGUUUGUUCCAGUCUAUUUUUCUUUCUAA